AUCAAAAGACAUAAUAAUAGUCAUAUUCUACUUGUUUUGGAAUGGUGAAUAUAAAGGCUUGAACAGUUGUAGAGUAAUGUGCUUUAUUAUACAGUUGAGAUCAUUCGAAAAUGUAUCUAAAAUUCUUUGUACUAGCAUGUAUUUCAUCACAUAGUGUAUUGGAUGUUUAUGCUGGAGAUUGUUCUACCCGGUGUGAAUGGUUAGAAUGGAAAAGUUGGACAACAUGUUCACAGACAUGCGGUACUACGGAAAAGAAAAGCACAUCACGUUCACUAUGCUGUCCGAGCGAUUUAACAGACUUAGAAUUGUGUGUUGACUAUUGUAGCCUUGACAUUGCCGACCAUUAUGACGAGGCAGACUGUGGAAGGGAGUGUUAUAACGGUGGGACAUUGUCUUCCGCCGGAUGUGUAUGUACAAGCAGAUUCUACGGCAUGUGUUGUGAAGACCGUCUUGACAUUUGUGAGGCCAUCCCGACUGACGUGGUUUUCAUUCUAGACUCCUCGCUCAGCCAGACACAGACCGAGUUCCAGAAGCAGCUCGACUUCGUCGGCAAGUUCGUGGACAAUGUCGACGUCGGUCCGACCGCCUUCGUCCUCAGCAUCAUCACAUACUCCAGCACCGCUGUUGUUGAGAUCGAAUUUGACGACAGUAAUUCAAAACAAUCGAUUAAGGAUCAGUUGAUGGGCGUACAGUUCCGACCGGGGGUCACAAACACAAACAAGGGUCUAGACCUUGCUCGCAGCCUCCUUUCUGUCCGCAUGGAGAGGCGUCCAGGGAUGUACACCAAAAAAAUCGCGUUUGUCCUCACCGACGGUUUGUCGAAUGACCGUACAAAGACAGAAGCCUCAGCAAAGUUGCUUAAAGGGGAAGCUCAUGUGGUCGCAAUAGGCGUGGGUCCCGAGGUGUCUCACACGGAGCUUGUCGCGAUUGCCUCCCCUGCGGACGAUUACAGCCUGUCAUACGUGUACACAGUCGAGAGCUUUGACGCUCUAUACACAGUGCUUGAACGCCUUAUUGACGUUAGUUGCGAGAAAUGUCAGCCGAAGUCUCUUACAGACAUUUUCCUCUUGGUUGAUGAUUUGCCUGAUUCAAGAAUGACCGUUACCGAGUGGCAAAUAGCAGUGAAUGGACUAGCAACAAUAGUCGACGGUCUACAAGCGUUCAAUGAUGAAAAUGGACAAAGAGUUGGAAUAGCACAAUUCCCCGACACGAAUGACCCAAUAAAGCAACUUUCUUUAUCGAAUACACUUAGAAAAGACGAUAUUUUACACUUCCUCCAAGUGAUGGCGCCUAGCGAGGAUACGUGUCGUGGAACGAAAGAUGACUGCGUCUUAAAAUCAAAUAUAACAAGUAUUAUACAGGAUGUUAUUGACAACCAAUUCACUUCAAGUUUUGGUGGACGAGACGAUGCCAGGAAAGUUUUACUUGUCGUCUCUUCAGGCAGAUUCAGCAAUAUUACCGAAGUAGCUGAACAAAUGCUUAAUAUCCGUCUACACACUGAUGUAGAUAUCUUUGAUAUUGGUCCCGGAGGUGACGUUGAUAUGAGAGGUCUUAAGUCGUUGGUGAGCGAGCCAAGCCGGGUGUUUGUUGUAAAGGAGGACAGUGACAUGGCCAGUCUGGAUGGUCUUCGGGCAAAGUUCUCGUAUAUAGCGUGCGGUUGACAAGAAUGCAUUGGCACGAUGAGAUAUUUGGCAACGUGGAAUUAAGCAAAGAUCUUAUGAAAAGUUUCUUUAAUAAUGUCCGAUAAGAUGGUUCCUCAUUCCCUUUUCUUUUCCGAACCUUUCUUUCUAUUAUUCAUCACGUAAUAUAAUGUAAAACAUAAGGUAGCAACGCUUUUAUAGUUAUCCAUACCUUGAUGACGAACGUUAUAUUGUGGAAAACGAAAUAUACAUUUGCCGCUGAUAAAAACGACGACCAAAUACGUCAGUGAUAAUCUUAUAACGGCAUCUGUAAACACUUUUUUUGACUUAAUGCUUACGUUCCUUCAGUUUUAGGAGUUAUCGUCUCAUUUAAUAUAACUGUUGUUAUUCUGUGACAUGGUUAUGAAUCAUUACUAUGUUGAACUGUUGAAGGAUGUGGUCGGAAGUGUGAAAUAUAAUUGCUUUGUCAUGUUUAAAUUUGCUGUACAUGAAUAAUGAUGUGACGUGGCCGGCAAUCUACAUGUACAUGAAAUCAAUCUUCUGGUGAAAAGGUACUCUAUAAUAUUGGUGUGAUUUUAUUGUCUUAAAUCUGCUUUGGUUUCUAACAUAUUGUUCAACAUUUUUUCUUUAAUUAAACAGUUACAAUAUUUACAACGAUAAUAUGAAUACAAACUACAGCAAAUGGGUCAGCAACAAGUUCUGUACAGAAUUAUAACCAUCUUCCCCAUGAGCAUACAAUUCAUUGAAUGAUCAUGUUCGAUGCAUAAAUACAUAGGCGAACAGGGUAAAACAAAUGCGAAUUUAAAUAAAAAGUAUUGUAAAUAAAGAAACAAUAAGAAAAGUAGAGAGACGGUAUCUCACUCGCUACAACAAAGUUGACACACAAUGGAAACGGACUUCCUAUGCCAAUCUUAGCUCUUAAACCACAAUUUUUAUGAUUAAUUAACGAUUCCUGAAGCUCAACUGCAGUCCUCUUGUUUCGGUUAUUUUUGUUCUGAGAUCUUUAUAGAAAGUAUUAAUUUCUUUCGAGACCAGUCGUAUGCCCGAUAAAUGUUCAUACAUGAUCAAUGAUAACAUAUAUAUAAUGUUGAAUUAUUUUGUUACUGAAAACAUGUUUAUUUGUUUGAAUUUACAAAGUCUGCCCGCGACCAAUUUGCUUAAAUAUGACUUUCCGGUUUUAAGUGUUUAUUUGAAAUGCAAUAAAAUGACAUGAG